AAUUAAAAUUAACGAAAAUUUGUUUCAUAUAGCUUAAGAACCGCGUGCAGCGUAGAGCAUAACACCAUCGAGCAUAUCACAACCACGAGCCGAGAGAACCGCAACAAGAACCGCGAGCGGAGAGAGCUACGAGCAGAGAGAACCGCGACCAGAAAGCACGACGACAGAGCAGAGCACGAGGCAUCACCACAUAGCGAAACUACGGUGGGUUUGGCGUGGCCGGAGAAGAGAAUGACACAGCACAGAAGAUAAUGACACAGCGCAGCCAACGGAGACCAGAACAGCGAACCCUAAUCCACGAGGUGGAGGAGUAUAGCGAGCCUAAUCACGAAAACCCCUCUGGACUCGCCAACUCGAUUGCAAGCUCUCGAGUGUGGCCGAGCUCACGGAGUUCACAACGAGCCUACCAAUCCUGCAUAAGAAACGAAUUUUCUUCCGAGUCAACUCGGGCAAUCGGUACUCUUGGUCCUCUGUGUGCAUGACUUCAUUGCGAGACAAAGCACUGCUGAUGAUGAAUAUACAUUGCUUGGGAAGGAGUCUCGCCACUGCUUCAUCAUCUUUGCUCCCUGUGCAACUCCCUGCACAAAGGGAAGUUCAUUUUUGGUAUGUUUUACCUGAUGAGGUCAAGAGCACAAACCUAUUGAACCAAUAUUUAGAAAUUCUAUCGCCUUGUGAGAAAGAAAAUAUAAUUACCAUGCGCGGGGAACAGAUAAGGAAAAGAGCUCUGCUGGCCCGUGCAUUAGUUCGCACCACAUUAGCAAGAUAUCAGACGAAUUGUCAAAUUGAUCCAAAAUCUUUAAUGUUUAGGAAGAACAAUUAUGGCAAGCCUGAGCUGGACUGGCCAUAUGCUGAUGAUUGGAGCCGCCCACCACUGCAUUUUAAUAUCUCACACACUUCGUCUUUGAUAGCUUGCGGAGUAACUGUGGGUUCAGCUAUUGGUAUUGAUGUGGAAGAGAAGCAAAGGAGGUUAAAGAAUGAUACAUUAGCCUUUGCACAACGCUUCUUUUCUCCUUUGGAAAUAGAAAUGUUGACUCACAUUGUGGACCCUGAACUCCGUCUUCAAGAGCUCAUUAAAUUAUGGACUCUAAAGGAGGCAUAUGUAAAAGCACUAGGGAAGGGCUUCUCAGCCUCACCUUUUAAGAGUUUCACCGUGCGAUUAGGAGACCAUGUGAAAGGAAACUUCCAUACUCCACCUCAUAUGAUUUCUAAGGAACAUGAUAUUACUGUUGAGACUUCUGAUGAGCUGAAGAAUCCGUCUAGCAAUUGGCAGUUUGGACUUCUGGAGUUAGCUGGUUCUCAUUAUGCUGCCGUUUGUAUUGAACAGGACAGCAUAGAUGCAGGCAAUGAGAGUAUUCCAAUAGAUCUGACCCUGAGGAAAACAAUCCCAUAUGUUGAGGAUGAAUGUGUUUCUGCAAGUGAUAGUGCUGUAGUGAUUGGUGGCUUGACUAGAUUGUCAACUUCUGAUUAGUGAUUUUGUAAUGAAAUGGAAAUUUAGGUAAUAGCUUUACAUUCUGCCUUCCUUCAGCAUUUUGGAAUAAGUUCUUACAAGUUUUCAGUGUUCCCAUUGUUGUUGCAUAGGAUACGAUCUGCCAAUUGCACUGUAACGUGGAACAUAUUGCGGUCAUUUCUUGGUCUCCUUAGGUAUGAUCUAAUCAACAACGUUGCAAUCGGUGUAAAAUUUAUAAUUAUAUGAAAAUUGUAUCUGUUCAUGUAUUAA